AUGUUUCGGCUGCUACUUGAAGAACAUCUUACCGAAACCAGGGAUUAUGAUAUCCAAGGUACUGCCGCUCCACAAACACUCAAGACCAAAGCCACUGAGGUCCAGUCUGCGGCCAAUACACUUCAAUCCGCUGCUCAGAGUGCCGGUGCUGGUGCUGUCAAUACUGCAGCCUCAACACUAGCCACUAAGGCAGGAGAGCUUAACACUGCAGCCAAUAAUAUAAGUGGUGGUGGUCUUGAAGCACUUAGAGUUCAAGCCCAAGCUCUUGCUACAGCAGCCGGCAGUAGCACUAAUAAUAAAGGUCUAUAUGCUGCUGCAAAUGAUCUAGCUGGUGCUCCUGAUGUUGGCAAGGCCAUAGCAGUAAUAACUGCAUUCAAAAAUGUUACAGCUAAGUACAAUGAUCUGUCAACUCAUCCGACAUACAAACAAAAUAAACCAUCACAAGGAUCAACACCAGGUGAAGAAACUCCACAGGGAAAGGUCAAUGCGGUUGAAACCGCCUGGACCCAUGUCAAAGAACACUUCCAAGCACUCUGCAUGGCACUCAUCAAAGAGUUUGCAAAUCAGGUGGCCACAAACGCCACACAACUAGCCGGCGGUACUGGUAAUCAUGAUCAUGCCACCAAUGUGAUAAACUGUUUCGACGUAGUUGUUAGGGCAUACAAUGAACUAAGUAAUCCUGAUAACAUGGACAUGGCCCUAGAAAUACAGACUCAGGCCGCAUCAAUAAGUUCUAAUGCUGCUGAUAGUACUACACUUUCAACUCCAGCCAAUCAUCUAAAUAGUGCAGCAGAAACACUCAGUGGUGAAAAGACUGUAGCUAAUGCCCAAGCCUUCAAAAACGAAUAUGACGCAUUCAAAGACAUAGCCAACUCCACCAUCGAAAUCACAACCGUCAGCAGCAACAACAAAAACAUCGAAGUUACCAAUCUACCUCACAUCAAUGAUACGUUCACUCCCAGAAAGUAUAAAUUCUUCUGGAUCAUAGUUCCAUCUCCACUAUGUGGUCAGACUGGUCACCAACUAAAUUCGUAUUCCACUCACAAAGUAAUAUGGAUUUUGGUGGCUGGGUACCUUACAAAGAACACGUAG